AUGGCGUGCGUCGUCAACAAACUUCCCACUGGCACACACUCCUUAUCAACUGCCAAAGAGCACCAGCGUGCGUCGUCGCACACUCCUUAUCACAAUCCACUCCAUUCUCACACGCCGGACCACCAAUCACGGGUCAGCCUCGCGCAUCGCUACUCCACUAAAAUGACACUCUCCUCGAAUCUCCCGCCGCUCGCGGCGCAUUCGACCUCGAACCCCGCCCGUGCGAGCAUGUCAACCGGCGCCAACAUCAGCCGCAGUCAUUCUAACCGUUCCAGGAUCAGCGCGAGCGCUAACAUUCUCGGCCCGCCGUGUCCGCUUCUGGUGGACAAUCAUGGCGCACGGGCUUUGCGGACCAAGUCUUUGGCCGCAUCGAGGAACCAUCGUACCCGCCCCGCCAGAGGCGGUCGCGGUGCAAUCAAGGCGGCGGCCGCGUCGAAUUCUCCGUCAGACGGAGACGGAUGGUACUGCUACCCUGAGCCCGCUACGAGCAGCGGCAGCGGCAGCGGUAGCACUACCAGCGAUGCCGGUGACGGUGACGGUACGAGCAACAGUGCCAACGCGGCUAGCGCUGCGGAGCGCGAGAGCGUGACCCGGGCUAAGCGCGUGCGGUCUCUGGAAGACGUUAUCGAGCGGACCAUCUUCAACUUCCGGUUCUUUACGCUCAUGGCGGUCGUCGGCUCGCUUAUCGGCUCCGCGCUCUGCUUCACCAAGGGCUGUAUCUUCGUGGCUCAGUCUGUGAAGGAGUUUUUGCUCUUCUGCUGGCAUGGCGUGGGCACGGGCAAGGUCAUUCUGCUGCUCGUGGAAGCUGUGGAUGUCUACCUGAUAGGCACAGUCAUGCUCAUAUUCGGCAUCGGGCUGUACGAGCUCUUUGUCAACUCGCUCGAUGUGCCCCGUGACACCUCCCUGCUCUCCCCUGAAGCCCGUGCCGAGCUCUCGCAGCGCAUCUGCGGCUCCAGCCUCUUUGGCCUCUUCCGACUUAAGGCGCGUCCCAAGUGGCUGGAGAUUCACUCACUCGACGAAAUGAAGACCAAGCUGGGCCACGUGAUAGUGAUGAUCCUGCUCGUGGGCAUGUUUGAGAAGAGCAAGAAGGUGCCCGUGUCGUCUGCCCUCGACCUCCUCUUCUUCUCCGCCUCUGUCUGCUUUGCCGCUGGCUGCCUGUUCCUGCUGUCUAAGCUCAUGGGAGGAGGAGCAGGCGGCCAUGGGGGCAAUGGGUCUGGUGGAAACGGCGGGAGAAGCCAUAGCAGCAGCAGGUAG